ACAUAAACAGUUAACUAAAUUUUCAUUUGGAAUUCGUUUGCCAUUUUGUAUCAUAUAACCUCUCGAUUAAUUAGGCGUAACAGUUAAUGAUUAUUGAUUAAUGUCACUGGAUCAAUGACUGUGAAAUAUUGGUAGCCACAAAAGAUAGAUAACAACAGUCCAUUCCACUGACAAAACUUACUUUGAAUUCACCUUAGGAUUUCUAUUUUUAAAAAAUGUCACAAAAAUUGACAAGCAUUUUCAUUGGAGUUGUGAUUAUAUGUGUGUGCAUUGGUUAUCCUGACAUGCCUGAGGAACUGCUAUUGAAAUCCUUGUUUCAGAAAUACAAUCCGAAUGCUCGUCCUGCCACUGUAGCUGUGCCAAUCGUUAACGUGGACCACAGCAUGGACUUCAUUCGUAUCAACAGUUUUAGAGAUUCUACAUUAAAAAGUGAUGUCUGGGUGACAAUGCGAUGGCAGGAUCCACGUCUCGUAUGGAACCCAAGUAAUUAUUUUGGUCUGACGUCAUUCAGCAUCGGAUCUGACAAAGUUUGGACACCGGAUGUGGUAUUAUAUAAUGGUGUGGGUGACAUACAGAAGGCUGAUCUCUCCAGAAGAAUAGUUGUCAAUAACAACGGCAUGAUUCUGUGGCUUUUUCCCGCUCAAUUAGAAAGUACAUGCGUCACAGGAAACAAACAAGGGGAGAACAUAUGUCGACUUAAGUUCGGCUCCUGGACAUAUAAUGGACUUCAAUUAAACCUCACUCACUCGGACAAACAGUUAGGCAUGUCUAACUAUUAUCCAAAUCCGGACUGGGAGAUCACAAGCACUAACUCAAUGCGUAAUGUUAUGAGGUAUCAAUGUUGUCCGGAACCGUACCUAGAUGUCUCUUAUCAAGUGUCAUUUAAAAGUUCUUUGAAGGGAUGAAUGGAUUUGACUGAUUAGUGUCAUGAAUUCAAAAUAAUGUAAUUUUUUAAAAAAAUAUAUAUAAUUUGUGCUCAAAAAGAAUUCUUUAAAUUAUCAUAAAUUUAACAUUUGAAACUUUCUACUUGCCCCACUGGUACAGAAUAUUUUCCAUACAUGUAUGCUUCAUACAUCCCUUGUGAUUUUGCUAUUAUCACUAUUAUUUUAUGUUUGAAAAUCUGAAACAUAAUAACAAUGUACAGCGAAGAGGUGUAAUUCUAUACUAGAGAGAUACUCAUUUUCAGUGUUUUCUGUUAAUUUAUAAUUCGUAGUCUUUUAACAUUUUUUUUAAUUUUUUAAAGGAAAAAAGAUAAUCUUUUGUUGAAAAUGUACAUAUAAAUUCAUUAGGUUAAUCUUCUUUAUGUAAUACACUUACCCUAAAGAAAAAGUCUUAAGAGCUUCCUAUGCAAAGCAGUGCACUCUACAGUGACUAAAAACUAGGGUGUUAUAUUCAUAUACAACAAGGUACUUCAGAGAAUUGGUGUCCUUCGAUAAAAAAUGCACGGAUCUAGUGAGUUCAAAUACGGGAGGGGCUUUAAGAAAGGCCAUGAGGAUUUGUGGUAUAAAAUUGUACUGCAAGCACUGAAAGGCUUCUUGAGAUAUUGCUCGGAUUCAAAUGUUAAAAUAGAAGGAAUUUAUGAGUUUAUAAGCUGAUGGCCCCAAACAGAUAAUUUCCAUUGUGAGUUGCGUAAAAUUUCUUUGGAAAAGCCAAAACGGUCUUCAAGAUAUGGCAUGGAAAAUAUAGUGUUACAGACAGACAGAAAUACAUUCCGAGAGACGAA